CACUUGGGUCGUCGUUUGUUUCUAUUGCAAAAUGAUCACCGGAACCGACUUGUAUCACGUCCUCACUGCGGUUGUUCCGCUAUAUGUCGCAAUGAUUCUUGCUUAUGGUUCAGUGAAAUGGUGGAAGAUCUUCAGCCCUGAUCAGUGUUCGGGUAUCAACCGCUUUGUUGCUCUCUUCGCUGUUCCUUUGCUCUCCUUUCACUUUAUCUCCACUAACAACCCAUUCACCAUGAACCUGCGCUUCAUAGCGGCCGAUACGCUUCAGAAGAUCAUAGUUUUAGUGGUUCUCGCCAUCUGGUCUCGAUUUAGCUCCCGAGGUUCUCUCGAAUGGUCGAUAACUCUAUUCUCCCUCUCCACUCUCCCAAACACUCUCGUCAUGGGUAUUCCUCUCUUGAAGGGAAUGUAUGGAGACUUCUCAGGGAGCUUAAUGGUUCAAAUCGUCGUUCUUCAGUGCAUAAUUUGGUAUACUCUGAUGCUGUUUUUGUUUGAAUACAGGGGAGCUAAGCUCCUCAUUGCAGAACAGUUCCCUGACACGGCUGGUUCUAUCAUUUCCUUUCGAGUUGACUCGGAUAUCAUCUCAUUAGAUGGGAAAGAACCUCUACAAACCGAAGCAGAGGUUGGUGAGGAUGGGAAGCUUCAUGUCACUGUGAGGAAAUCUACAAGCUCUCGCUCUGAGAUCUUCUCGCGGAGGUCUCAUGGGCCAAACUCAGGCGUUUCUUUGACUCCUCGGCCAUCGAAUUUGACGAAUGCAGAGAUUUAUUCUCUGCAAUCUUCGAGGAACCCAACACCGAGGGAGUCGAGCUUCAACCACACUGAUUUUUAUUCAAUGAUGAAUGGGAGGAAUGUGAGCCCAAGGCAAUCCAAUUUUUGCAAUCUAAGUUCUGACAAUGAGACUGGAAUGACUGGGUUCACAAAUCCAAACAGGGCAAAUGGGAUCUUUUCACAGGGGAAUUCCGUUUCUGGAGGUGCGUAUCCAGCACCAACGAGUGCCGGAAUAUUUUCUCCUGUUGCAGGACCUGGAGCUAAGAAGAAGCCCAAUGGGACUGAUGGAGGCAAGGAUCUUCACAUGUUUGUCUGGAGCUCUAGUGCUUCUCCGGUCUCUGAAGGUGGGAUUCAUGUCUUCAGGGGAGGAGAAUUUGGAAAUGAACAUGGUGGGGUACCUCAUCCUGUUGACACUCACCCAAAAGAAUAUGAGUUUGGGCGAGAUGAGUUCAGCUUUGGGAACAGACAGGCUAAUGAGGGUGGUGACCGAGAUGAGCCUAGUUUGUGCAAGCUGAGGUCAAGUUCUACUGCUGAGCUUUACCCCAAGACUGAAGCUAAUGGUGGCUCCAAGCCCACAUCCAUGCCGCCACCAAGUGUCAUGACAAGACUCAUUCUGAUCAUGGUUUGGAGGAAGCUCAUUAGGAAUCCAAACACAUAUUCCAGCCUCAUUGGCCUUAUUUGGUCUCUUGUCUCCUGCAGAUGGGGCAUUGUGAUGCCGGCCAUAAUCGAUGGUUCAAUUAAGAUCCUCUCAAAUGCUGGGCUUGGAAUGGCCAUGUUCAGUCUUGGUUUGUUCAUGGCUCUACAGCCAAGGAUCAUUGCUUGUGGGAAUUCAGUUGCCUCCUUUGCCAUGGCUGUUAGAUUCCUUACAGGUCCAGCAGUCAUGGCUGCGGCUUCGAUUGUUGUUGGGUUACGUGGUGUUCUCUUGCACAUUGCUAUUGUUCAGGCAGCUCUUCCACAAGGAAUUGUUCCCUUUGUCUUUGCUAAGGAAUACAAUGUGCAUCCAGACAUAUUGAGCACUGGGGUUAUAUUUGGGAUGUUAAUAGCUCUUCCCGUAACACUAGUUUAUUACAUCUUACUGGGGCUUUGAAGCUUGAAGGAGAGGAGAGCCCACAACACUUAGAAGGCUAUAUUAUGAAGUUUCACCCUUUUUUAGGGUUUUUUUUGCUUCUCUAACAGAACUGCUGAGAUCUUCAAAAGUAAAGUAGUUAGCAGACAGAGAGAGAGGGGUCUCUGUGCUUCACUUCAAAGUGCAAAGACUAGAGGAGGAAAGAGGGACAUGACCGUUGAGAGUAAAAUUUUUGAAUAUGUACUCUUCUUUUUGUUGUUAAUGGUUACUUCUUCCGUUUUUUGAAAAGUGAAGCUUGUUGGCAGGUUUGGAAUUUUGAUGUUACUAUUGGUUGGU